CCUCCUCCUCCGCUCACCCACUCCUCCGGGUCCUGGGUCGCUGCUGCCCUUGGCUUUGGCCCGUCACCCCCGCCCGGGGACCCCUGGUGCCUCCGCUCCUGGGCUGCGGGGGAGCCCAGCAGAGACCAUGAGGAAAUUCAAGAAGGUGCUGGACGGCCUGACCGCCGGCUCCUCCUCGGCCUCGCAGCAGCAGCAACAGCAGCAGCACCCGCCAGGGAACCGGGAGCCUGAGAUCCAGGAAACGCUCCAGUCCGAGCACUUUCAGCUCUGUAAGACUGUUCGCCAUGGAUUUCCCUAUCAACCUUCAGCCCUGGCCUUUGAUCCUGUACAGAAGAUCCUGGCAGUGGGAACUCAGACUGGUGCUUUAAGGCUCUUUGGUCGUCCGGGAGUAGAAUGUUAUUGCCAACAUGACAGUGGAGCUGCUGUAAUUCAGCUCCAGUUCCUGAUUAAUGAGGGAGCUCUUGUGAGUGUCUUGGCUGAUGACACCUUACACUUAUGGAAUUUACGUCAGAAAAGGCCUGCCAUACUACAUUCACUUAAAUUUUGUCGGGAAAGGGUUACAUUUUGCCAUCUGCCUUUCCAGAGUAAGUGGCUCUAUGUGGGUACUGAACGAGGUAAUAUACAUAUUGUCAAUGUGGAGUCCUUCACACUCUCAGGCUACGUCAUUAUGUGGAAUAAAGCCAUUGAACUAUCAUCUAAAUCUCACCCAGGGCCUGUUGUCCAUAUAAGUGAUAAUCCAAUGGAUGAGGGAAAGCUUUUGAUUGGCUUUGAAUCUGGAACAGUAGUCUUAUGGGACCUCAAAUCAAAGAAAGCUGACUAUAGAUACACAUAUGAUGAGGCUAUUCACUCUGUUGCUUGGCAUCAUGAAGGAAAACAAUUUAUUUGUAGUCAUUCAGAUGGCACCUUGACCAUCUGGAAUGUGAGGUCCCCUGCUAAGCCUGUACAGACAAUCACACCACAUGGAAAACAGUUAAAGGACGGGAAGAAACCAGAACCAUGCAAACCUAUCCUCAAGGUGGAGUUCAAAACGACGAGAUCUGGGGAGCCUUUUAUUAUUUUAUCAGGAGGUUUGUCAUAUGAUACUGUAGGAAGAAGACCUUGCUUAACAGUAAUGCAUGGGAAAAGUACUGCUGUGCUGGAGAUGGACUAUCCAAUUGUUGACUUCCUGACACUCUGUGAAACACCAUACCCAAAUGAUUUUCAAGAACCGUAUGCUGUUGUUGUUCUUCUAGAAAAGGAUUUAGUACUUAUAGACCUUGCACAAAACGGAUAUCCUAUAUUUGAAAAUCCCUACCCUUUGAGUAUACAUGAGUCUCCUGUUACAUGUUGUGAAUAUUUUGCUGAUUGUCCUGUGGACCUUAUUCCUGCACUUUAUUCUGUUGGAGCUAGACAGAAACGUCAAGGUUACAGCAAAAAGGAAUGGCCCAUCAAUGGAGGUAAUUGGGGCUUGGGUGCUCAGAGUUACCCAGAAAUAAUUAUUACAGGGCAUGCUGAUGGGUCAGUUAAGUUCUGGGAUGCUUCUGCAAUAACUCUACAAGUAUUAUAUAAACUAAAAACAUCUAAAGUAUUUGAAAAGUCAAGAAAUAAAGAUGACAGACCAAAUACAGACAUUGUAGAUGAAGAUCCAUAUGCCAUUCAGAUCAUCUCCUGGUGCCCAGAAAGUAGAAUGCUGUGCAUAGCUGGAGUUUCAGCUCAUGUCAUUAUUUAUAGAUUCAGCAAACAGGAAGUGAUUACAGAAGUUAUUCCGAUGCUUGAAGUUCGGUUGUUAUAUGAAAUAAAUGAUGUGGAAUCUCCAGAAAGUGAGCAGCCACCACCUUUGUCAACGCCUGUAGGAGGUUCCAAUCCUCAGCCCAUUCCUCCACAGUCUCAUCCCUCUACCAGCAGCAGUUCAUCUGAUGGACUUCGUGAUAAUGUACCUUGUUUAAAAGUUAAAAACUCACCACUUAAACAGUCACCAGGUUAUCAGACAGAACUAGUUAUUCAGUUGGUAUGGGUAGGUGGAGAACCACCACAACAAAUAACCAGCCUGGCAGUCAAUUCUUCCUAUGGACUGGUGGUUUUUGGCAACUGUAAUGGCAUUGCUAUGAUUGACUACCUCCAGAAAGCAGUACUGCUCAAUCUGGGCACCAUAGAAUUAUAUGGCUCUAAUGAUCCUUAUCGGAGAGAACCUCGAUCUCCUCGUAAAUCUCGACAACCUUCAGGAGCAGGUCUAUGUGAUAUUAAUGAAGGGAUUGUAGUCCCAGAGGAUCGCUGCAAAUCUCCAACUUCUGCAAAGAUGUCAAGGAAGUUAAGCUUACCUACUGACCUGAAACCUGAUUUAGAUGUAAAAGAUAAUUCCUUCAGCAGAUCACGGAGUUCAAGUGUCACAAGCAUAGACAAAGAAUCCCGAGAAGCAAUCUCUGCUCUUCAUUUCUGUGAAACUUUUACUCGAAAGGCGGACUCGUCCCCUUCCCCAAGUCUGUGGGUUGGAACAACACUAGGAACAGUGCUUGUCAUUGCACUGAACCUUCCCCCAGGAGCAGAGCAAAGACUUCUUCAGCCCGUGAUUGUUUCUCCAAGUGGUACUAUAUUGAGACUUAAAGGUGCAGUCCUGAGAAUGGCAUUUCUGGAUACCACAGGCUGCUUAUUGCCACCUGCAUAUGAACCCUGGAAAGAACAUAAUGUUCCUGAAGAAAAGGAUGAAAAAGAAAAAUUGAAAAAACGGCGACCUGUCUCAGUAUCUCCCUCCUCUUCUCAGGAAAUUAGUGAAAACCAAUAUGCAGUGAUAUGUUCUGAAAAGCAAGCAAAAGUAAUCUCACUGCCAACCCAGAACUGUGCUUAUAAGCAAAACAUUACAGAAACCUCCUUUGUGCUUCGUGGAGAUAUUGUAGCAUUGAAUAACAGCAUCUGCCUUGCAUGUUUCUGUGCUAAUGGCCAUAUUAUGACUUUCAGUUUGCCAAGUUUAAGGCCUCUGUUGGAUGUGUAUUACUUGCCUCUCACCAAUAUGCGGAUAGCCAGAACAUUCUGCUUCACCAACAAUGGACAAGCAUUAUAUCUUGUUUCACCUACAGAAAUUCAGAGACUUACAUAUAGUCAAGAGACCUGUGAAAAUCUUCAGGAGAUGUUGGGUGAACUCUUCACUCCUGUAGAAACACCUGAAGCACCAAACAGGGGAUUCUUUAAAGGCUUGUUUGGAGGUGGUGCACAGUCCCUUGAUAGAGAAGAACUAUUUGGAGAGUCAUCCUCAGGAAAAGCUUCACGGAGUCUUGCACAGCAUAUCCCUGGCCCUGGUGGCAUUGAAGGUGUGAAAGGGGCAGCCUCUGGAGUUGUUGGUGAAUUGGCACGAGCCAGGUUGGCACUGGAUGAAAGAGGGCAGAAGCUUGGUGACUUAGAAGAAAGAACAGCAGCUAUGUUAUCAAGUGCAGAUUCAUUUUCUAAACAUGCUCAUGAGAUGAUGUUGAAAUACAAAGAUAAAAAGUGGUACCAGUUCUGACACCCAGAAUCCAAUUAAGUCCAACUUCAGCCAGAAGGAAAAAAAUUUCCUUUUUUAUUUCACUGAUUUAAGAAAGUUAACAUUCAACGGAUGUUCAUCGCUGAAUACUUUCUAGCACAAUCAUGCACUGUUUUACCUCAGUCAAUUGGCAUUAACUGAGGGGCGUUCACACACACACUCAAAAUGGAAUAUAUGGUGUGUGCAGGCUGUGAGUUGACAAUUUGGAUACUAACCAAGUCACGUGUGACAGAUGAAGAAACAAAAGGGGAAGCUGAGGAGACAUGGCAGGGACUAUUCCUUGGAUCAUUCCUGUAUUAAACUUUUAUAUGCCAAAAGAUUUCAUGCUGUUGUGUCUGCCAUCAGUGUUUGACCUGUUUUGGGGAGAGGCAGUAAGUCCAAAGUUCUGAAGCUGAAGUAGUUUGUGUCAUCAGACUGGAUUAUAAACAGUUGUAUUGGACUUUCCCUCCCUUAAAUUGACUGGUCAUCAGUAUCAUUAGUGAAAAAGAAACAAAACUAUUUCCCUUUCUUUAGACUAAGCUGAAUGGUGGGCUUUAAAUAAUAAAAUCAUACACAUAGUUGACUUGUG